UGCUCCGUGCGUCAGCGGCGUCGCGCGCGCUCAUUACGCACGUCCCCGGUGUGCGGCAGGUGUAGCCCAGGACACACCCACAAGGCAAACUGCUGUCAGGCAGAAAGUGCAGCCUGUCAGUCUUCAGGAGCGCACCGCAGAGGGAGCACUAACAGUCUCCAGAGUUCCAGAGAAACAGAGAGGACUUCCCUGCUUCUCCAGACAAACUACGACAGCUGAUAGAAGAUCACGUCCUGCAGUCACGCUUCACUGAGGAGCUACAGGGUUUGGUGUGUGAGGAGAACACAGAGAAAGGAGGACUGUGGAAGUUUGCUGUUCUGAGUGAGGAGCUGACCUUUCACCUUGAGCAGCUGCAGAGACAGACAGAGCAGGAGCUCAGCAACAUCCACACACAACUCUUGCAGAUCGAAGGUCGCCACCAGCUGCUGAACGCUGAGCUUUUCAUUCUUCAGGAGAAGAAGAAACAGAGCGAACAGGAGCUGAGGAGAUACUCCAGCCUUCAGAGCACCACUUUUCAGCUGUGUGCUUGUCGGGAGCUUCAGGUGUCCGUCACCGAGCGUUUGCUCCAAUCAGAGAGGUUGGUGUUCCAGGAGGAGGCACUGAGCGCGCUCCGUCAGCUGCUGACCCGAGACCUGCAGAGAUACCGGGAAGAGACGCAGAGACUCACCUGCUUCUCACAGAAAAUACUCAAACUAUCCCACAGAUCCGACAGAGAGGAGACGUUCACCGGCAGAGAGAGUGAGCGCAGCAUGCAGGGAAAGAACGAGACGGAACAGCAGAACAACAUGCAUGCGCCUUCCUCCCAAUCACCAAAUAGUCCACACCAGACCACCAAUGAAGAAGAGUCCUGGAGAACCAAUCAUAGGAAACCCGCUGCAGGCCUGUCCCGCAGUUCAAACCUGCACCGAGCCAGCAGCGUCAAAAACCUGAUCAGUAAAUUCUCCGGUCCUACUUCUGGCAUUUCCUCUGGAACACUCCAAAGGGCGACCUCUACAGGGGCUCUCUACCUUUCCAAGUCAAAGUCAAGUCCUUCAACACCGAGCGAUGUCAAAAAAGACGACGCUUUGGUUCCCAGCAUCACCGUGACCCCGCCGUUCAGGCAAACCAGUCAAAACGUGGCUAUGAAGGGAAGCUUUAACAGUCAGAUCGCUGCCAGGAUCGAUUGUCCCGUUGUAGAUGUCAGGGUUGAGAAGACCGCUUCGGACCCAGGGAACAAAACAAAAGCCAAAGACUCUGGUAGAGACUCGGUGACUGACUCCGGCAUGGGAUCGGUUUGUCUCAUUGCUCCUUCCCAACAUGUUGCCCUCUCCCUCCAGGAGACAGAAUUGGAUGUGAACAAGCAGCCAGACAGCCCGUCGGAGGAUGAGCCCACCACACCCCGAGCUGUGCAGCCCUCACAGAACCCGAAAUAUCAGCUGUUCCUCAACAACGAUUACAAGGCCAACGGGUUGAGUGGCAGGGAUGCAGAUGGUCCGGGAGGCGGCGGGACGGUGGGGGAGAACGGCCCCAGGCCCCGAUGGGAGACUAACCGGUUGGGGCUGAACCACCACCGAGGGUCCCUGGAGUCCCUGGCCUCGCGGGACUUGGACAACACGUCUGACAGGUUUGGUGUUGUUGACAGCCCCCCCAGGGUGUUCAACAGUCCGUACUCCAGCUCCAUGGAUUACAACCCCAUGCACCGGUUGUCUGAGUUCAAGGCUCCGGGGGGAAUUUCUCCUGGCAACUCAGAGAUGAACCUGUACAGCUUCAACGGUCGCAGCACCAGUCCUGUCGGCACGCCCACCCUCACACGCCCCCGAUUCUCCGCGUACGACACCCUGGUGAAGAGGAGGGCCGAGGUCAACAACUCUGUGAUGCAGGCACCGAUGAACCAGAUGAAUCAGAUGGGACCGAUGGUACAGAUGGGACAGACCCACUACAGCAUGCGCUCCGCCACUUUAGGAGGGCCCAAUAAAAAGAACUACAUAGAGGAGUUGACCAAGCAGAUGGACGCCUGCCAGAAGCGUAACCAGUUCCUGGAGGCUGAGAGUGUGGAGAUGGAGAAGGAGAGGAACCAGAUAAGGUAUGAGAUGCGCGGCCUGCUGGUGAACAACGAGGACCUGCUGAGGACCAACACCCAGCUGACCAAUGAGAUGAAGAGGAUGAGAGAGCAGAUGAUAGAGAUGGACAGGGAACACCAAACCCUGGGCGAGAGAUUCAGGGAGAUGGAGCUUGAGGUGAAGCAGGCCCGGGACGUGAUGGUGGAGGCCAACACUCAGGAAUAUGCCUUCAAUUUUCUCCAGCAGUCCCUCAAAAACAAGAUCCAGGACGCUGAGGAAAACCUGGAGAAGCAGACGCAGCACGCCCAGACUCUGUCUGAGAAGCUGUGGGUGGCCGAGAGAAAGCUGGAGGAGCUGGAGGUGGACAAAGAAACCAGAGACAAGAGGACACUCGAACUCAACAACAACCUCAUCAGGAUGGAGGAAGAGCUGGCAGAGGCCCUGCAGGUCUCCACGCAGGCUACAGCCGAGCUGAGCCUCCAUCUUAAGCUGCGUGAGGACGACCGGCAGAGGGUGGAGGAGCUGGAGGAGGUUAUGCUGGAGAAGGAGCAGGAGCUGCAAAGACUGCAGAACCUCGUCAGCAGACUACAGGGAGAGGUCUCUGGAAAGCUGAUUGAUAAGGAGCAGACGCUGGAGGAGGAGAUCCAGCUGAGAGAGAGGAUGCAGCUGCAGUGUAAGCAGGCGGAGAGGGCGGUGGAAGACCUGAAGAUGGAGCUGCAGACCACCAACCAGGCUAAAGACGACCUGGCCAAACAAGUCAAGCAGUCCCAGGAGAAGAUGAUCGACCUGGAGAGCGAUCUGGAGGAGCUGCAUGACAGCGAGCAGAGAUGGGCAGCCAAACACAAGAGAGCCAUCGAACAGACUGAGCAGCUGCAGCUGAAGGUGAUCCAGGAGAAAGACCUCAACGACCAGCUGGAGAUGGAGAAGGCUUCCAUUGAGAGACAGCUGCGUGAGCUGCGUCUGGAGGUCGAGGAGCUUCAGAGCUCCAGAGUUCAGGAGGAUGUGAUCUCCAGGGCGGAGGGCAGAGUCAAGGAGCUGGAAAACACGCUGAGGAACGAGGAGAGGAACAAGUCUGUACUGACCAACACCAUCAGCAAACUGGACAGGAGGAUCAACGAACUCACCGACCAGAUGGAGGAGGAGCACAGGAUAGCUAAUGAGCAAAAAGACCUGAUGACCCAGAGGAUGCGCUCUCUGAAGCGGCAGCUGAACGAGGCGGAGGAGGAGGCCAGCCGGAGGGAGGCGCAGUACCGCCACACCCAGAGAGAGCUGGCCGAGGAGAGGGAGACCAGCAGCCGGCUGCAGAGGCAGGCGCUGGACCAACACCUGCAGACAAAACGUAAGGAAACUCUGACCAUCCGUCAGACUCUGGACAACCUGAGGCUGGACCUGAGCGUGGACGAUGAAGAGGAGGAUCAGCUGCUGCAGGAACAAACAAACACUGUCACCAAAGUUUAAACCCCGCCCACUUCACACAUUUUUAAUCCAAUAACAGCACAUCUCUACACUGGCACUCACAGGGUGUAGUGAAGGAUAGAUGCUGCUUGUGAUCAAACCCAAAAGUCCACUACGGUCUUUUCCUCUGACGCUUUUAAAUAAUUACUGAUCUCUGAUGUAUGUCCUAGAACAUGCCUGGAAAGAAUUAUGUAAUAUGGUAUAAUGUAAAAUUUGAGACAAAGUUAAAAGAUAGUUAUUUAAAGAUCUGAGUUGAAUUAUAAACCUGAAAAUGCUCUAAACAAAAUGCUAAAAAUGGCAUGUUGUAUGAACUUAAUUAAGUGCAAUUAUACCAAAUGAGCUGUAUGAAAUGUGCACAGUAUUUUCUCUAGAAUUAGUUACAAAUCCAUGUAUUCUGUCGCCUUCUUGUGGGUACAGUCGGAAUUACAGCGUUUAAUUUAAACAAAUGUCAGACACGUCAAUACAACUUUCAACAUUGAAGUCAAAUGCCUCUUUUGACACUUUGACCCUAACAUUUUUUUCUUUUCUAUUACAUAGAAUAUUAAAUACAUUCAUGAUCUGCUUGUUUGCAUACAUGUUCAGGUGCUUGGUGCGGAGAGAGGCUGACAUAGAUUAGGGAAAUAUUACCAGUGAUGGAUAAGGAUUUGAUAAAUGUGCCUCUUUUUUUUGUUGUUGUUGUGUUCUUGUAGUUGCUGUUUAUUUGAGCUUUAAACAGCCUGAAGUACAUCGAAGUGUGAACAUUCUCUACAUCUUCCAGUAAGCGUUAUGGCCUGGACGGACACUUUGGAAGGGGACUCCUUUAAAACCUUUUUAAUUGCAUUUUUUUUGUAGAAGAAGCGAGUUUCAAAUUUAAAAAAUCACUGGUUACAGUCAAUCUGCCGAUUCUUUUUAUUGUUUAAUGACUUUUUUUUUAGCUAAACUGAGGGAUGUUCUAUAAUAUAAAAUACGCCAACUAGUUGAAACGCAGACGAGGGAUCUUUGUGAUUAUAGCUGUUUAUAAUUCACAAACAAUUAUUUAUAUUGACCGUAUUUUUGUAUGUUUGUAAUGUUUUUAUGAUACGAAGAUUAUUGAAUAUUCUGUAUUUGCAAUUGCUUGUGGGGCAAACAUAAUUUUUAGAGAAUUUAACGUAUGACUUUAGUGCAUUUUAAGGUAUUCUAGGGGGUUUGCUGCUGUAUUGAUGUCACUUCAUGUCCCUCCUACAUACAGCUUCUGUCCAGGUGAUAAGAUUAAGGGAUAACAUAUUUUGUAUUAGCAAACAAGUUGAUAAAAGAAGGGGUUGUUUGUUUCACACUUGAUGUAUUCUUUGUUAAAUGUGUUUUAUUCAAGUCACUCAAAGCAGACUCAAAUAAAAAAGGAAAAGAACUGAGACGUUUUAGCUCUCAGAUGUAAUGUCUACAAAGAGUUUGGACCCAAAAUGUGUGUUAAGAGUAGAGGGUUAGUUAGUUAAUUGUUCGGCAUGCUCUUAUUUUGAAAGGAAAGUGCACGGACAGAAACAAACAUGGCUGGGUUGCAGGAAAUGAGCUGGUUUCAAUCCAAAAAUAAUGAUAAGCAUCCAAUAUUUAAUUUGAAAAUAACUCGCUUCCUCUUUAUGAUUGAGUUAUUAAAUUGAACCCAGCCCUGUUCUUGCAGUCCUCUGUUGGAAAGAUGGCUAAUAGGCUAUAUUCAUAAGCUAAUAUUCACAUAAAGUUUGGAUCCUCUGUUAUGUUUACAUUUGUUGGUGUAUUUUUGGGGGAAACAGGAACACUAAUCACAUGAAAGAGUUUUCCAGCUGUCGGGAAUGUGUGCUGCAGUGUUUCAAAUGUCUUUUCGUUCAUGAUUCUCCAAACCAAAAGCGUCAGAUAUGUAAAAAGGAAUAGAUUUCAUCUACUUAUUUUUGUAACUUCACUUCACACCUCUACUGGUUCUGCUGUUCUCGGGUAUUUAUUUUUCUCGUUCUCUCUUUUGGUGAGAAGUUUCUUAUAACAAAAAGCAAAUAAAUUCCUAUGCACUGUGA